CAGCGCCUCUGCGGUGCGUUGGAUUGUGGGUAUCUUGUUUCCUGAUAGACUCUGACAGUCGGUCAGCUGUUGAGGGAAAACUUUUUUCUUUUUGGUAAAGUUUCCCAUCUUUAUUUAUUUUUUGCUGUAGUUAGAUGUUGGAUCCCCUUGGAACAGCCUUCCCCGCGCGCGAAUUUCACGUGUCAUCGAGCACCGUCCUGUAGCUCAUACCAGUUUGUAACGAUAUAUUCAUAACAAAAAAUUACUUCGCAAUGAGCCUGAACGAGCACUCAAUGCAGGCUCUGUCCUGGAGAAAACUCUACUUGAGCCGAGCCAAACUGAAAGCAACCAGUCGCACUUCGGCUCUCUUGUCGGGCUUCGCAAUGGUUGCCAUGGUGGAGGUACAGCUGGAGCGGGAUUACGAGUACCCUCCAGGGCUGCUGAUAGCCUUCAGCGCCUGUACCACCGUUCUGGUUGCAGUGCACCUCUUUGCCCUCAUGAUCAGCACCUGCAUCCUGCCCAACCUGGAGGCUGUCAGCAAUGUUCACAACCUCAACUCUGUCAACGAAUCUCCCCAUGAGCGCAUGCACCGCCACAUAGAACUGGCCUGGGCUUUCUCCACAGUUAUCGGUACCCUCCUCUUCCUGACGGAGGUGGUGCUCUUGUGCUGGGUGAAGUUCUUACCCCUCAAAAGCAACGCAGAUGAGAAAAAUGACACCAUAAGUCCUGGCGUGGCUGCGGCCAUAGCUUCCACCUGCAUCAUGGUGCCAUUUGGACUUGUUUUUAUCAUGUUCGCUGUCCACUUUUACCGCACGCUCGUCAGUCAUAAAACGGACAGACAGAUCAGAGACCUGGAGCAGGUCAUUCGGCUCCAGAACCAGCUGGAGAACAGGGCUGAGAACGACGACCUGAAGGCCGCUGUCCAUUUUCCCUGAGUACACGCAGACAACAGCAGGGACUUUCAGCAAAACCAGAGUAGAACCUCUAUUUUUACUUUAUCCAGAUGCUUGUUUUUAGAAAUCUUCUUCUACUGUACAUUUCUUUGAUACUGCAUGCUGACUAAAUUAUCCGGUAAUUUUACUCUUUGUAGUUUCUUUGUAAAUGCUUGGCUCUCAGCUGAAAACAUCAUCAUCAGUAUCAUCAUAACUUAGUCUAUGGUAGCCUUAAAGGACGACCUUUUAGGCUACCAUAGACUAACACUAAUAGAAUAGGACUUUCUAAAGAUCUUCACAUGAGCAUUUCAAUGCGUUGGGAUGAUCCCCUAACGUGUUUAGCUUUUUACAUCAAAUACUGAGUUCAUGUGAGAAAAAUAUAGAAACUAAGUUCUCUUAAGUUAUAACAGCAGCAGAAAACUGUUGAUCGGAGUAAGAUGGGCUAAAAACGAGGAAGUUUGUAAUAUGACUCAACAUGUUCAGGAAUUUGUUUCAAUUUUUACUGAAAAGAAAUCUGGGAACUCUGUUGUUACCCAGUUCUAAAAUUUCAUCAGUUUUCUGUUUGUAUUGUACUAAAUUGAUCUGAGCAGCACACUCGGGUUCUUUUUGCUCUCUGCGUAUACUGUAAAACUCCAGCCUACUGUUGCAUUUACCUACAGGUUUUCUGGUUCUUGACUGACUGACCUCAUGCCACUAUCAUGUUUACCAAAUUAGGCUUUCUGUAGAAAUAUCUCCAAGCCAAACCUUAGUGGCUUUUUUAGUUUGCCACUCUUACACAUACUUUUGAGUCAAACUUUUCUUACUUUUUAAUUUAAAAAUUGCUGUUUUCAUAAUCCUUGGGAGCUCUGUAAGUCUUUGAUAAAGAAGAGUACAAUAUAAACCAACAGUAUUUGUGUGCAAUCUGAUGGAAAAGAACAUGUGUCAGUGUGUGCUUUUAACCAGUCUGCGUUCAGGAGUGUGUUACUGCGGUAUGGAUAUUUGAGUAGAAAUAAAUGUGUUAUCCCUUUGUAACAUGGAUAUUUUCUUCAUGUUAAAUGACUCUUGCAAUAUACUGUAAAAUCCACAGGUGGCCACUGGUUUCAAAAAAGUGUUUUUGAAUGUGUUAUUACAAUGUUACGUUGCAUGAAAAUAUUGAGUGUUUGUUCUUGUGUUAGCUUUUAGCAUUGAGCAUGUUCACCCUGUUUGGGUCAUAGAUGUAUUUAAGUACGCUAUGUACUGUACUGCUUUAUUGUUUUACACGGGUUUGGUCACUUUCUUUGUAGUUUUUACUGUAAUAUUGAUAUGUAGAAUAGUGUCACAACAGAAAUGUAAUUUCAGGACAUUGUACACGUAGUAUCUUCUUUCACAACAUGAUUUAAAAUAUUGGAGGAAACUUUUUUUUCCCUCUUUGGGAAAAAUUAUGUUUUUGAUUUUUUUUUAAUUUACUGGUGCUUGUAAUGCUGUGUUUCUAUCAAUGUAACACUGUUUUAUUGUUAACUUGCAAUCUGUGGACAUGGUUUAUACUGAGUCAUGGGACUGCAGUAACUGUAGACCACAUUUGCAUUCAAAUUGUCCUGACCGGGUGAUAAAAUCUGUGUGACACGUAGCAGAAACCAAAGACUGUUGGGAAUAGUUCACAGACAGUUCAGUAAAAUGGUGUUGAUGUUUUUCUUUGCUUAAGUUGAAUUUGCUGUUUUUGUUGUUGUUGUUUUAUCGGGAGUUAAGUGAAGUCUGUUUUAUUUCGGUAAAUGGUGCACACUCCCUCCGUGAAACAUGUAAGAUGGGAAUUACCACUUGUGCCUUCUUUAAAAACACAGCAAUGCAGGUGAAGGUGGUCACUGUGGUUAAUUUUUCUGCAUUAUAUAUAUAUGUGUGUGUGUGUGUGUGUGUGUGUGUGUAAACUGCUUUUGUCAGUGUACAACUUUGAAGUGAACAUAGUAACUUUUGCUUAUGCGUGCCGUUAACAGCUCAUGAAAAAGCUUGAAGCUUCAUGAAGUGUUGAGAAUUAUCAGGAUGUUGGUUUUGGGUUUUUUUGCCAGUUUGCAAAAUAAAAAAAAAGAUUUGUU